ACCAACUGCAGAUAGAAACGAAGUAGCCAAAACAUGUGAUGCCAACGGAUCGCACCAAUCAGUGGCCGUGCCGCUGUGCGGAGGCCUACCACCACCACUACUACAAAUACCGUCGCUCUCGUCUCUCUCGGUAAAAGCGCACACACACACAAGACACAACAACGCUGUGGGCUUGUACGUGGCUGUCGAUCGCAGCACACGUACGUAAACUCGAAAGCAGCUAGGCCGGAAGCAAAAUGGACGACGACGUCGUCGUAGCAGCUGCAGCUGCAGCUGCAGCCGCGGCGGCUUCGUCUUCGCCAUCGCCGCCGUGGAGCCUGCUCCAGGGGCUCCUUGCGCUGCUCGUCGCGUGGGGGGCCUACCGGGCGGCGCAGACGUUCUGGCUGCGGCCGCGGCGGCUCGGCCGGGCGCUCCGCGCGCAGGGGCUCACCGGCACGGCGUACCGCUUCCCGGCGGGCGACCUCAAGGAGAACGCCCGCCUCAACGACGAGGCGCGGUCCAGGCCCAUGCAGCCGCCGUGUAGCCAUGACGUCGUUCCCCGCGUCAUGCCGCAUCUCUUCAACACCGUCAAGGACCACGGCAACAUCUGUAUUACCUGGUUCGGACCGAUUCCCAGGGUGGUGAUCACGGAGGCAGAGUUAGUCAGAGACAUCCUAUCGAACAAGUUUGGCCACUUCGAGAAGUUCACGAACAAGAGUCUCGGGAAGAUGAUCGCCCUCGGGGUGGCGAGCUACGACGGCGAGAAAUGGGCCAAACACAGGAGGAUCCUGAACCCCGCGUUCCAUCUCGAGAAGCUCAAGCGCAUGCAGCCGGCGUUCUUGACGUGCUGCACCGAGCUCAUUGAUCGCUGGGACAAGGAGGUCGCUGGUGGUUCCGACGGGUCAUUCGAGCUGGACGUCUGGCCGGAGUUCCAGAGCCUCACCGGCGACGUGAUCUCCCGCACGGCGUUCGGCAGCAGCUUCAUGGAAGGGCGGAGGAUCUUCCAGCUCCAGGCCGAGCAAGCGGAGCGAGUGAUCAAGGCUUUCCAGUACAUAUACAUCCCAGGCUUCGUGUUCUUCCCGACACCCAACAACCGGAGGAUGAAGGAGAUCAACAGGGAGAUCGAAGGGACUCUGAGAGGCAUGAUCGAGAAGAGGGAGCGCGCGAUCGAGAACGGCGAAGCGAGCGGCGACGACCUGCUCGGCCUGCUGCUGCAGUCCAACAUGGAGAGCGGGAAAGGCGGCCUGAGGAUGAGCACGGAGGACGUGGUCGAGGAGUGCAAGCUCUUCUACUUCGCCGGCAUGGAGACCACGUCGGUGCUGCUCACCUGGACGCUCGUCAUCCUAGGCAUGCACCCCGAGUGGCAGGACCGCGCCAGGGAGGAGGUCUUCAGCGUCUUCGGCAGGGACAAGCGCCCCGAUUUCGACGGCAUCAGUCGGCUCAAAACGGUUACGAUGAUACUGUACGAGGUGCUCAGGCUGUACCCGCCGGCGGUGACGCUGAACCGAAGAACGUUCAAAGACAUGCAGAUCGGAGGCAUCACGUACCCUGCGGGGGUGAUCCUGGAGCUCCCCGUGAUCGUCGUCCACCACGACCCCGACGUCUGGGGCAAGGACGCGCACGAGUUCAGGCCGGAGAGGUUCGCCGAGGGGAUCUCCAAGGCGACCAAGGACCAGCAGCCGGCGUUCUUCCCGUUCGGCUGGGGGCCGAGGAUCUGCAUCGGCCAGAACUUCGCGCUGCUCGAGGCCAAGAUGGCCCUCAGCAUGAUCCUCCAGCGCUUCCAGUUCCGGCUGUCCCCUUCCUACACGCAUGCGCCGUACACCGUCCUUCUGCUGCAUCCUCAGCAUGGCGCUCCAAUUAUUUUCGACAGGAUCUGACUGCCCUUGCAUGACAUCGUCGAUCGUUGUCAGUAUGUCACAGUGCAAAUAAACUCGUAUGAAUAAUAUUGUGUUAGGGAGAGUCUAGUUCUGUGUAUCCGAUUUUGAAGGUGGAACCAAAACAUAAGGGUGUAAGGCUAUGUCCCGGAAAAUGAGUCGCAUGCGAGCUCGCAAACACCAACAGAGUCCACAUGCGGAUAUACAUAUAGAACUGUGAAGAAGAAUAAUGUGCUUUGGAAGAAACUUUACAUCAA